AUGUUACCAAGAAAAACUUUGAUCGUUUCUUCUCGAGCAUGGACCUCAAGACCAUCUUUCCUCAGGAAUGUAAGGUAUCUAGGGACGGAAAGUCUUUUAGACGUUAUCACUCCUCGUGAAGCUGUGGAGAAGGGGAAGAAAGAAUACGAAGAUAAAUAUGGACAUAAAUUGAAGGAGAAGAUGAGAUCGGAAGGUGUAACAGAUCUUCAAGCUUUGAGAAACAAGUUGAUACCUAAAGUCAAAACCCCACCCGUUGAAGCCCCGCCAUCUCGGACGAGAGAUGACAUUGUGAGGGAAGGGAGUUCUCCCGUGGCGAAACCUGGUCCGAAGGUCAAGUCUAGGGAAGAAACCAAGGGUGAUAGGAGUGGUGUCAAACCUCUUUCGUCAAUCCUUAACCUCCCUCUACUCCUUCUAACACCACACGACCCUCCAUCUAUCUCAAAAAUAUGGACUACAUACCAUACGACCCAUCCCACUCUUUCAUCAUCUUAUCUAUCGGCAACACUCCCGAUUUCAACUUACGAAUCAAUGAUAUCACUAGCAAAAGAAAAUCCAUCAUUCGUAUUACCUCUUCCUAGACAAUCAACAAAUGGAAUCCAAAUGGAAAAAUAUGACAUGUAUUAUUUACAAUGGUUAUUUCAUUCUUCUCCCAUACCCAUACCCAUUCCCAUUCUUAAUUCUCAUACGAACAUUCCUAUAGAUUCAGAGGAUUUAACAUUAUCACCAAUCACUUCAAUUUUAUUCACACCUUUGGAAGAAUAUAAACAUAGAGGAGAAUGGUCACAACCUCAUUUAGUUUUAACACAUUAUACGGAUUUAUCAAAUAGUCAUGGGUUGGUACUUAUGAGAGGAGAGAUUAGUCCUCUUCUUUCAAAUUCCUCAUCCACUUCGACACUCGGAACUGAAUCAUCGACAAUGACGGAUGAUCAGACAAAUUGGAUGUUAUCACAAUCACAAGCUCAACUAUUGGUAUUAGGUUUACAGAGGUUUUAUUGCUCGGAAGUUUGUCCAGAUAGGGAAACUUCAGAAGCGGCUGUGGAAAGACGAGCGAGGAGGGAGAUGUUGAGAGGAAUGAGAGAGAAACCAGGGGAAUGGAAUUGGACAGGCUUGGUAGAUAUGGCUUAUAGCGGUUUGGUUUAG